GGGCGGGGAGCGCGAGGAGAGGACAGUGGGGGUUUCCGGAGGCGCUGUGGACCAUGCGCUCUCGCGUCGGAGCGAAAGGACGUUGGAUCUUCGGAGGAUCGAGAAGAGAGGCGACGGGUGAAAGAAGUGGCGGAGGCGCGAGCGUGGACGUGGCCGCGAUCGCGAACGCGAACGCGAAAGCGAAUGCGGACGACGGUGGGCAGAGAGUGCCGGCGAGCCCCGAGUCGGAAAAAUCGGGGUGAGAUGCACCCUCGCCACCAUCGUCGCUCUCAAUCGGCCGCGACGCUUCCGCCUGGAAGCACGGCCACUACACGCUAACCCGUUCGGCCCAUCGUUUCACCAACGAUUCAUCGCUCUCCGUGGAAACCGACUUUUCCAUCUUCUUUUUCUUCUUCGUCUUUGAUCGACUUUCACCUACGCCAUAGAUUACCAAACGAGCAAGGAGGAGCGAAUCAAUUCAUAGAACAAGGAUGGGUGGUGGAGAAUGGAGCGGUUGGUUGCAACGAUGUCGAGAAUCACGAAGGUUGGUUCUCGUAAUCGUCGCCAUCGCUCUACUCUUAGACAAUAUGCUUCUGACAACGGUUGUGCCCAUUAUACCAGAGUUUCUCUACGAUAUCAAGCAUCCUAACUCGACCUUGAGCCAACAUCUCGAAGAGGGUGGCUCUCGUCGAACUACUCUCACUGGCGUUCAACCAACGAGCAGCAAUGUCAUCACGUCCACGAGUUCAAGUGUAACCACCACGCCGAAAUGUCCUUGCCCCGUGACUAAGCCGAAUGAUUCUCAAUUGGAGUUCCUUUACACGAGUACGGCUUCUGGCAUCGAGUCAACAGGUUUGCUUGUUGCAGAGAGCACGAGUGGCGGCGAUGCGAGUCCUUCGGCGGCGGAAGAACCGGAAGAAAAGGAACAACGACAUCGUGAGUUGCUUCAAGAAACAGUUGCUGUUGGUAUAAUGUUCGCCUCAAAGGCUUUCGUUCAGUUGCUGGCAAAUCCGAUCGUCGGUCCGCUUACCCACAAAAUCGGUUACAGUAUACCCAUGUUUACGGGCUUCAUCAUUAUGUUUCUUUCCACACUGAUAUUCGCAUUCGGACGAAGCUACGGAAUUCUUUUCUUGGCAAGAGCGCUUCAAGGAAUUGGCUCUUCGUGCUCGAGCGUUUCAGGCAUGGGAAUGCUGGCCGAGAGAUACCAGGAUGACAAGGAACGCGGUAACGCAAUGGGCAUCGCACUCGGUGGAUUGGCUCUUGGUGUUCUCAUCGGACCACCAUUUGGUGGUGUGAUGUACGAAUUCGUCGGGAAGUCUGCGCCAUUCUUAAUCCUUUCGGCAUUGGCUCUUGGCGACGGAAUUUUACAACUUCUGGUGCUUCAACCGUCUGUCGUGUACACUGAAGCGGACCCACCAUCUCUGAAAUCUCUGAUCACCGAUCCUUACAUCGCUUUGGCCGCUGGUGCCAUCACAUUCGCCAAUAUGGGUAUCGCUAUGUUGGAGCCUAGUCUUCCUAUUUGGAUGAUGGACACGAUGGGCGCGAGUAGAUGGAAACAAGGUGCUACGUUUCUACCGGCGAGCAUCAGUUAUUUAAUCGGUACCAAUCUAUUCGGGCCGCUCGGACACAGAAUGGGCAGGUGGUUAGCUGCGUUGAUCGGGCUUGUCGUGAUUGGUAUUUGCUUGAUGUGUAUACCGCUGGCGAGAAGUAUUGAUCAUUUGAUCGUACCUAAUGCAGGCUUGGGAUUUGCUAUCGGUAUGGUGGAUAGUUCGAUGAUGCCAGAAUUAGGAUAUUUAGUCGACAUACGACACACCGCUGUCUAUGGAAGUGUGUAUGCCAUCGGAGAUGUUGCGUUCUGUUUAGGUUUCGCCAUUGGACCUGCUUUGAGCGGUACGUUAGUAAACAGUAUCGGCUUUGAAUGGAUGUUAUUUGGUAUUGCCAUUUUGAACUUUAUUUACGCACCACUGAUGUAUUUCUUGCGAGCACCACCAACGAAAGAAGAGAAGAAGUCGUUGAUAAUUGGCGAAAAGUCGUCUGUGCGCUACGUAACGUACCAGAAUGAGGAGGAGGAACAAUAAAUGGACAGAUAUUUCCGAGUAUACAGAGUAGCAACGCGUAUUUCGUUUCCUGCAUUCUUGAGAUGGAACAACGAGUUAAAUGUAACACGAAAGAGUAUCUAUGUUGAUAACGUUUUAAGAAAAUCUAUGGAUAACCAAAACAUUAUUUACCCCUUCGUCUAGCGCAAA